UCCCGUUUUCCAAGGCUGAGUCGCUUCCAGAGACCAGCCUUGCAUUCCCAUCAUCACUUCCCCCAGAACCAAACAUGGCCUCAUCACUACUAAAUGAGUUCUCGAAUAAAGUACCUGCAGCUCCUACACGGAAGCUUCAGUACGCAGAUGUCGCUGUGACAGCAACAGCCAAGGACUUCGCAGGCAUCUAUCGCGGAAAACAAUACCACGAACCCGACUUUGAUGCAGUUCUGGACCGCGCAGCGGAAGUGGGCGUAGAUCGUGUACUACUGACGGGCAUGUACCUGUCAGACGUGGGCACAAAUGCUGCAAUCGCCAGGAAAAGAAGAGAGCAGUGCAGAAUCACAAUCGGUGUGCAUCCAUACCAUGCCGCUGAGGCUGAAGAGGGCGGCGAUCAGUACUACCAGGACCUUGCACAGGUGAUCAACACCACCCUAAAAGAAGAGCCUGGGCUGCUUGGCGCGUUCGGAGAACUAGGCCUGGAUUACGACCAUCUGACUGCUGCAUCGAAAGAAAUUCAGAUCCGCGUUUUUAAGAGGCAGCUCGACAUGAUCGUGGCUGAGAGCUGGAAGCUGCCAUUAUUUUUGCAUUGUCGGGCAGCUUUCGAAGACUUCGUCGCCAUCCUGACGCCCUAUCUUGGUCGCCUGCCUUUGGUAUCCGGGCUUGUCCACUCUUUCGUUGGUACGGCUUCGCAGAUGCAGACGCUCGUUGAUCUUGGUCUUCAGGUGAGUGUCAAUGGGUUCAGCUUCCGCGAUCGGGACAGCGUGGAGAUGGUCCGCGCCAUUCCACUUGAGAAACUGCAGAUCGAGACUGAUGCACCAUGGGGUGAAAUCCAAGCCACAAGCGAGGUUGCUAAAGCGUACCUCAAAAAUGCGUCAAAACUUCCAUACGUUUCGAAGAAGAAAGACAAGUUCGUCAUGGGCGAGAUGGUCAAGGAGCGGAAUGAGAGCUGUAAGAUGGAGAGUGUGGCGCUGAUCGUCGCCGGGCUAAGGGGCGCAAGUGUUGAGGAAGUAGCGGAAGCAGCGUACAAGAACAGCCAACAGAUGUUCUGGAGUGAUGCUGAGUAGCACAGAAGACCAACAGAGUAACACUAGAAGCUACGUAGUCUUCUAGCCAAAUGAUGAAGGCGUAUACAGACCGGUCACUACAUUAGGCUCUCUCCAACAUACCAGCAGAACGGGUCUUGUUCACCGCGCAUUGUUGCGAUGUCUUUCCAAAAAGCGUGAGAUUGUGAUAAGGAUGUGGUUCAAAUAUCUACCU